AAAUAGAAUCACAAAUCACGUGAUUUAAGUCACAUGUUUAUUAUUUUUUGAAAAUUUCGAUUUGAAGAUUCCAGACUAAACAAGAUAAAAUGGUGAAUUUAACACAGAUUUGCUGUAAAUAUAUGCCUUUUUAUUAUCGAAAACCAGAAAAUCGUAGCGUUUUUUUUCGACGACAAGCUAUCUUCCGUCUGACCGGUAGUUAUUAUGGCCGAACGCGCAAUAUUUGGCGUAUUGCUGUAAAUCGAUGGGUCAAAAAAAUGGUUUAUCUUCAAGAAUUUCGUAGACGUCGAAAUACACAUAUGACCGAUCUAUAUAAACAACGAUUGUUGGCUGCUGUGGAAGAACAUGAUUUCAAAGCCGAAUAUUUUUUCUCCACAUUAAACAAAUGCGACGUCGAAUUGGAUACGGAAGUUCUUUCAUUAUUGGCUACUUAUGAACCACGUUCAUUUAAGUCAUUGGUCGAUUUGACCAAAACAGUUUUCCACGAAUACGGUAAUACAGAAGUAAGUUGUCAUUCUAAACCAUGCGAUGCAGUAAUUACACGUGGAAUGCUCAAAGAAGAUAUUUAAUAUUUGAAAAUCAUUUUCUGUAUUAUAAUUUUUUGUAGUUAAUCAUGAUAAAAACAUUA